UGGUGCAACAGCUAAAUGACGACGAUCCAGAUCGAAGGUUGCAAUUUUGUGAAUGGAUUCAGGAGAUGGUGAUACGUAAACCGGGAUUUAUGGGUAGCAUCAUUUGGUCGGAUGAAGCCCAAUUCAAACUUAAUGGAACUGUCAAUAGGCACAAUUGUGUUUACUGGUGUGAAGAAAAUCCUCACAUUACAAUUGAAAAAGCUGUAAAUUUGCCUGGUGUAAAUGUGUGGUGCGGUUUGUCUUCAAGGGGACUCAUUGGACCUUUUCGAUUUGAAGGCACUGUAACUGGUAUUAAUUACCUAACAAUGCUUGCUGAUUCCAUAUUUCCUGCCAUUCGUGCAUUAUACGAUAAUGAUGAUUUUUAUUUUCAACAAGAUGGUGCUCCGCCGCACUAUCACAGGGACGUACGAGCUUACCUGGAUCAAAAUUUGCCGGGCCAGUGGAUAGGACGCAGGGGGCCAAUCGAGUUUCCACCACGCUCUCCAGACCUUACACCACUGGAUUUCUUCUUGUGGGGCACAGUAAAAGAUGAGGUGUACAAACGUAAACCACGUAACCUAGACAUUCUUUGGAAUGAGAUUCAAGCAGUGUGUAGAGAAAUCUCAUUGGACGUUUUGAUACGAUGUACAGAAUCUGUGGUGACUCGUACUCAGAAUUGUAUUGAUGCUGCAGGUCACCAAUUUGAACAGUAUUAACAUUUGUUAUUUAUGUUUCAUUUACAUUGGACUUUCAGCUUUCUAUUUUCCUGAAAUUUAACUUUGUAGAACGGUAAAUAAAUUUUCUAUGGAAGUUCAAAGUGUGUAUACAUUUUUUUGAAGCACCCUGU